CUCAGCCUUUCACAUACCCAGCAUCAACACCAGUCACCGUUCAUCCCCUCGCCAUCAACCUAGCCGCCCCUCCCUCCAAAUCCAACACACUCACAUCCCCCUCCUCCUCUUACUUCUCCUCCCCCUCUUCUCCCCCCUGGGCCUCCUUCUUCCACCACCUAGUGCAUCACCUCACUCUCUUCCUCCCCCUCGCUCCUCUCCUCCCAACGUUGUUGGCCGAUGGGGCUCGAUUCCUCGUACAGGAUCGCAAGUGGCUGCACGUCAUGGCACCACACUACCUGGGAGCCCCACCGCAUCAAGUCACUCUGCUACCCCAGCCAGACAAACCCACCCAUCUCCUCUUCGUGCAAAGACUCAUUCAG